CCUCAUUCCAAGAGUCGCGAGCUUCGUGGCCUCUGUUUGUGAUUCAUUUUUAAGGUUUAUGUUUUCGGGCAGUUUGAGUUGUUGAGUUCCAUGAUCCUAGUGAGUUUCUGCGUUCAUGUGUCGUAUUCUGGGAGCGGGCUUGAGUGCGAAUAGGGAGAACAAGGGAUGAAGUCUUGUAACUAAGGCAAAGCCCAGCCAAUGGGACUUGGGAUCUCGGGAUGAAACUCACGGACUGAAUGGAAAGGAAAGGGAUUACGGGGUGAGGAGUGUCUCACUUGUCUCUUACCUUGAGCUCAACACUUACAAACGGUACCUACCUACCUUGAGGUAGGGUACCUUGAGGUAGGAAGGCAGGCUCAACACGUGUCUUGCCUUACCGUACCGCGUGCUGUGUCGUUCCUUCAUGGGUUGUUUUCUUUUGCUUAUCAUUAUAGAGAGGCCCCUUCCUCCCUUGUUUUGACGUCUCCUCUUUUUCUACCUCUUACCUUCACCUUCGCUCUCGUAAUCUUGUUCUUCAUUCAUUCACUCACUCCUACAAUCGUUUUUUGUUUCUUUUCGUACCUACAAUCACUUCCUAAGAUUCGUCAUUCUUUGAUUCUUCUUUUCAGUUCUAUACACACUCUUUUCAUCUGAAUCCUAUUCAUUCUUGGAUAGUGGGUUAUUAAGUCCCGUCUUAUACACUGAUUUUCUCAAAUCACCGACCUUUAAACCGCUAUUUGAGCUCGUUGUAGCAGCUCGUUCACUCUCUAACAACUCUCCAAACUACCAACCUACGUACGGUUUAUUAUAAAAUACUUAACAAAAUGUCAAUGAAACGAUUCUUCACUUCAGCGGUUGCCAUGGCGGCGGUUGUUGCUGCUGUUCCUGUUGCCCAUUCGCUCGAGAAGCGAGGACCUGUUACGACUAUUACUCUGACUUCGGCCUCUACUUACACCGCAACUAUCGCUCCUGCUACCCCUGUCACUCCUACAGGAACUGCAACCUAUCCAGAAACCACAGCUCCUAUCCCUGGUAGUGGUGGCGGCUCAUCCGGUUCUAAGCUCCCUGGUGUCGCAUAUGCCCCCUACCGAGGCGAUCACCAGUGCAAAUCCAAGGACGAGAUCCAGCAAGAUAUUACGCAGCUCGCUGCUGAUUUUUCAGUCCUUCGUAUCUACGGCACCGACUGCGACCAGGUCGCCAAUGUCUACUCAUGCGCCAAGGGUAGCGGCAUGAAGCUGUUCCUCGGUAUCUGGAACAUUGACGACGUUCAAACUGAGGCCAAGACCAUUAUCAGUGCGAUCGACGACUGGGACGUCGUUGACACCAUCAGCGUUGGCAAUGAACUUGUCAAUAAUGGAGGUGCCACCCCAGCAAGGGUCAUCGCCGCUGUCAAGCAGGCUCGUGAGAUCCUUCGUGCCGCUGGCUACCAAGGUCCUGUUGUCACAGUCGAUACAUUUAUGGCUGCCAAUGCCAACCCUGAACUUUGCAACGAGAGUGACUACUGUGCUAUCAACGCUCACGCUUUCUUCGAUGCCAACACUUCUGCUGAUGAAGCUGGCCAGUGGCUCUCUAACACUGUUGAGGACCUUCGAUCCAAGAUUUCUGGCGACAAACGUAUCGUCAUUUGCGAGACUGGCUGGCCCACCAAGGGCAAUAGCAACGGCAAGGCUGUUCCCGGUAUGAGCCAACAGAAGGCUGCUCUCGACUCUAUCAAGCAGGCAUUCUCCAGCCACAUGGGAGACCUGAUUCUUUUCUCUGCCUUCAAUGAUCCUUGGAAGAAGGCCGAGGCCGCAACUUUCAUGGCCGAGCAAUGGUGGGGUAUCGAAGGCCAGGACUCAGUUUCCAACAAGGACCCGUCGCCUUCUAACUAGGGGACGGCUCCUCGAUUUGUCAUGUCAAUUAGACCUUCAACUAUUUGAAUGGUUUGUGGUCAUGUUUUUACUCGAGAUAACGCUCGGCUUAUGUCUUUUCUAUGAUGUUUAAUGUUUUAUUGUUAUUGCUUGAGGGUUGUUGAUGCCGAUUAUCAGGUGGCCAUUGCAAGGCUGUACGAGCCUAUCAUCUUGGGAGGCUUGUUGGAGGUUUGUCCGUUUUUCUAUUCAAGCUUCAACUACCUCUUCACAUCACCUCACUUUAUGGCUGCUCUUUUAGAGAUAAGAAAAGAAUUACACUUAGUAUUUGUUAUUUGAAUUGAAUGCCCGUCAUACAAUUUGAACCUGGAUUUCGGUCAACGCGUGAAAGUGAAAGAGUGGUUUGAUCGAAAUAUGGAUAUCUGUACGUUCACGGUGAUUCGAAAUUCAGAAUACAAUCGAGCUCAAGAAACAACGUUGAUGGAUUGCCCGUAUAACUAUAGAGAACGAUGUCCUGCAGCCACUGUCUCACAUUGAUGGUUUCGUUACUCAUGAAAACGAUACUCAAGACACCCCAAGCGAGCCCAAU